AUGUGGAGCUUAUUUGUUGGAGGCGACUCCAAACCGCCUCCAUUGCAUCCUCCUUGCACCUCCCAGUCACUUGAUUGCAGGCUUUUGGCCGGGCCGACGUGCGGGAUAAAGGGAUGUCAUGAGUCAGUCCUGGCUCAGCAGAAACAGGGAGUCCAUCCCUUAAAUCCACCUGCGUCUCUGGGCAAGCACAAGAUAUUCAAGAAGAACAAAGCUCUGGAUGAGUCAAUUCUAAUUAUUCUUAUUGAUCGCUGUGAGAACAAGUCACACGAUUUUUUGAAACUCAUGGAGCGAAAACAUUUGAUUCCUACUCAACAAAUCACCACUCAAAUUGUUGAAAGGCUACCGAGACAACAUCAGUCAUCCCUGUCUUUUGUCUCAAAGAUGAACCUCAAACUGGGAGGAUUCAACUAUACGGUAGUUCCAGAAUUGUUCGGGCGCAACCGAUGGAUUGCGACAGGAGACACACUUGUCGUUGGUUAUGAUGUAGCUCAUCCGGGUAAACCAACAAGGGAUGAAAUAGUGCGCAUGAUGCCACCGCAAAGACCAAGUGUCGUUGGGUUUUCCUUUAACGGAGCGGCUCAUCCAGAAUGCUUCAUUGGAGACUACCACUUUCAGACUCCAAGACGGGAAAUGGUGGAAGGCACCAUACUGAAUGCACGGUUCAAAUGGAUGAUAGGUUUAUAUUCCAAAUAUCGCGGUAAGUGGCCGGCAAGAGUUCUUAUCACGAGAGAUGGCGUAUCAGAGGGACAGUACAAAAUGGUGAUUAGCGAUGAAUUAAGCGCAAUUAAAGAAGCUUGUGAAGAGUUCGGUAGACUUAACGGAGUGCAGUCAUGGAUGCCUCGUUUCACUGUCAUUAUUGCCACAAAACGACACAAUUCUCGAUUCUUUGUGCAUGAUGGCUAUACUGUCGGAAACCCAAAAGCGGGCACUAUCGUCGACACAGAUGUGGUUCGUAAUGAUAUCACGGAGUUUUAUAUGCAGUCUCAUCGACCAAUACAGGGAACUGCAAAACCUACUUCGUACCAAAUCAUUGUGGAUGAGAAUGACAUGAGCGCCGACGAACUUCAGUCGGUGAUGCUCGCCUUGACUUUUCAACAUCAGAUCUGCGACUCACCAGUAUCAAUUCCUGAACCGAUAUAUCAAGCGGAUGAAUGGGCAAAACGUGGCAAAGAUAUCUGGAAAGCUUACACUGAUCGCUAUAAUGUGAUACUAAUGAAAGAUCGCGGUAAAUAUGUGGAUUACCCUGUCGACUUCGAAGCAAUGACGAAGAGAUUGGCGUUCUGGAACACAAGAUGGAAAGGGUGGCCGGAGCCUAAGGAUGGACAGUGCGCCUGGAUAGGCGUAGCGGCGAUCGCUGCUACUAGCACACACAUCGGCUGCACCCAAUUCGCUUGGGUACCUCCUGAGCGCCCUCCUUCCCCCCCCCCCCCCCAUGAAGAAAAGGUUAUCAACAUAAAACAUCAAUUGAAAUUAUUCAAAUUGAAUGUAAAGAUCUCUGGUUUGUCGCGUCAAUUAAUAAUGUCAAAGAUAUGCUUGCCAGGAGAAGAGAUUACAACACGUAUUCCAACUGAUGCUAUAAAAAUUGUUGGUUAUGGAAUCGCUCGCGAUCCUGAAACUGGCAGCUUAGUGGCUCGUCAAUGUGGAGUGUUUCGUCAACAGGAUGAUAAGUGUUGGAUCAGUGUCCAUUCUAAAAGAUAUGUCGUUGAAAAGGGCGACCGUGUGAUUGGUAUUGUGACUGGAUCUAUGGGUGACUUCUAUAAACUGGAUAUAGGAACAGCUGAAAAUGCGGUGAUAUCUUAUCUAUCGUUCGAAGGAGCUACGAAACGUAAUCGACCGGAACUCAAAAUUGGCGACGUCGUUUACGCCCAAGUGGUUGACGAGUUUGCUCAUACUGAUAUAGAACUUACUUGCGUGGAUGCUUUAUCCAGAGCUAAAGGUUUGGGAGCACUCACCGGAGGCUUUCUUUUUAAGACUUCUUGCAGUCUCGCUCGGCGUCUCCUAUCAAGCCAAUCGCAAUUACUUAAACUUCUUGGAAAGGACUAUAAAUUUGAGAUAACUGUAGGCUUAAACGGAAGAAUAUGGCUGAAGAGUGCUAUUCACAAAGAUGUAAUUACUAUACAUAAUAUAAUCAAGUGGUCGGAAUACGUUUUGGAGUGUGACAUUCCGAAAUACGUAGAGAAUGAAGUUCGUAAGUCGAAAGGGUUUCCAGUAACUGAUGAGACGUUGAAAGAAGAAGCUAUGGAGACAACUGCAUAG